UAACUUUAAAAAGUGAAAAAUAAAACGGCUAGUAUUUUUAGUAAAAGAACAGAAUAUAUGUCUAGAACUAAGAUGUAAAAAUUAGGCAAAAAAAAGCGAAAAAUGAAGGAAAAUCAAAUCGAGCCAAAUAUACUUGACACAUCUUUAUUCAGGCUUGGCGUAAACUGGCGUAGAUUGGUUUGGGAGCUAAUCAAGAGCGGGCCACAAGGGCCGGGAUCAGAGCAAAUACAAAAGCUGUGCACCGUCGAAGUAGCCGGUAAAACGUUGGAAAACGUUCAAGGGGUAUUUAAGGAACGUUCGGUAAAGCGUUCGAUAAGAGAGCGUUUGACGAGCGUUCAUUAGAACGCCCGUUAAAACGGAGACAAAGAAAUUAGUAGGGGUUAAAGAGGAGAUUUUAAAAAGGUGCUUUGAAAGAACGUCAGUGAGAAUUGACGGAUUAAUCUUUUUGGAUAUUACUGAGUUUUUGGAUACUUAAACACAACGACAAAAUCUUUGGACGUCCGUGAGGAAUCUACGCGGCGCACCACGCGCCGCCGCCGCAAGAAAACUAGUGCAGAAGAUGGACAGUCAUCUCGUGAUACAUCUCACGAAACCCAUGCUGAUUCAACACAGUCAAAUACAUCAAUCAUGGCAACAGUGACGCCAACUGCAGCACCAGUUGCAGUAAGUGCACCUGUAGGAACAACAGUCAAUACAGUACCAACGACUGUGAAUAGUUUGACUGUUGGCGGGACAGGAGAGAACACUGCACCCUCAGCGUUAGCACGGCUUGUGAGUAUUAAUGAAGAAACAUGGAUGCAUAUUGGCCGUUUAGCGGAGCAAAUGGGAGAGUAUGAUCGUGCGUUAUCAAGUUAUGAAUCGGCAUUAAGGCAGAAUCCAUAUAGUAUUGGAGCAAUGUUGCAAAUUGCGUCGUUAUUUCGUGCAAAUGAACAGUUUGGACGUGCAGCGGAAUACUUUCAGUCUAUUUUAAAUUUAGAUCAAACAAAUGGAGAAGUUUGGAGUGCUCUUGGGCAUUGUUAUUUAAUGAUGGAUGAUCUUCAAAAAACGUAUGCAGCGUAUCACCAGGCAUUAUACCAUUUACAAAACCCUAAAGAACCAAGAUUAUGGUAUGGAAUUGGCAUUUUAUAUGAUCGUUAUGGAUCUCUUGAACAUGCAGAGGAAGCAUUUUCACAGGCAAUUCAAAUUGACCCAUAUUUUGAUAAAGCGAAUGAGAUUUACUUUCGUCUUGGUAUAAUUUAUAGACAGCAACAUAAGUAUACACAAAGUCUUGAAUGCCUUCAGUAUAUUUUACAAAGUCCUCCCAGUCCAUUAACGGAAACUGACAUUUGGUUUCAAAUUGGUCUUGUUUAUGAACAACAGAAAGAAUAUAAAUUGGCAAAAGAUAUAUAUGAACAUAUUUUAUCUGAAAAUGCCGAUCAUGCAAAAGUCUUACAACAACUUGGGUGGCUUUAUCAUCAGCCUAAUACGUCAUUUACAAAUCAAGAUCUUGCAGUUCAAUAUUUAACUAAAUCUCUUGAGUUAGAUAAUCGUGAUGUUCAAAGUUGGUAUUUUCUUGGUCGUUGUUAUAUGGUUCAACAAAAAUACAAUAAAGCCUAUGAAGCAUAUCAGCAAGCAGUUUACCGUGACGGCAGAAAUCCGAUUUUUUGGUGUUCAAUUGGGGUGUUAUAUUACCAAAUCAAUCAAUAUCGAGAUGCUCUUGAUGCCUAUUCUCGGGCUAUUCGUUUAAACCCGUAUAUUUCUGAAGUUUGGUACGAUCUUGGCACGUUGUAUGAGUCUUGCAAUAAUCAAAUUGCGGAUGCAUUGGAUGCAUAUCAACGUGCAGCUGAGCUCGAUCCAAACAACCCACAUAUUAAGAGCCGUUUGCAAUAUUUGCGUAGUGGAAAGGCUAGUGGAUCAUGUCAUACAACGUCUUUUCCACAUCCUCAGGAUAUCAAUCCAUCUAGUUAUCAAAGUUCCAAUCUUUCAGGAGGAUUAUCCGCCCAAUGGUCUAAAUCACCUCAUUCAAAUCUUUUACCUUCAAUUGUAAAUGAAGUUCCCAGAAAAUUGCCUGUAUUGCGUUCUUCUCAGCCUAACGAAACAGAUUCACCAUUGCCGAAUCAAACACCGGAUAUUGUGAAAAAGUCGUCUGUAUCUAUUACAUCGAAUGAGCGAUAUGGACAACAUACUCUUUCUCCAACAAAUUAUCACCAUCAUAUGCCACCUAAUCCUUAUGAUAAGGAUAGGUCAAAUCAUACCAAUAUUCCACUUCAUUCACCUAUAUACCCUCUUCAGUCUUCAUCGGAAUCACGCAAUGGGUCGCAUUCGGUUUAUCAUGUAACACGUUCUACAAAUAUGAAUGAAGAUACAUUACUUGCGCCAAUUCAUCCUAAUACAUUUAAUAUAAAUCAUGAGAUGAAACAUUUGACGAACAAUAUCUCUAAUUCUCAUUCACCACAUACAGAACACUCUAAGUCUUCAUUAAAACAAUCAGUUGACUCUAUUAUACAUUAUGAUAUAAAAGAAUUUCAAGCUCACAAAAGACAGAGGGAAUGGGAAGAAAAAAAGGAUCUAAAUGAGCAAAAGAAAGUUAAUAUUUUGAAGUUUGGAACGAAAGAAGUAUCUCAUGAAAAAAUAAGCGAGAAGAAAGAAUCUCAUGGUCAUAAUACAGUUAUUAAGAAAGCUGCAACAAAAGAACCAACAAAAACGAAAGAAUUGGAGUUUAAAGAAUUGCCGGAAGAUUCUGACUCUACUUUAUCUAGUAAUCAAAAAACGUUAUCAUUAGCGUUUCCAUCUACACCGCCUAUUCUUAAAACAGAUAAUGUUAUUCCUAAGUACUUGGAAUCAUCUGAAAACAAUAAACUAGGACAACCGAUUAUAGACUCUGUAAAGGAAAAUUCAAAGCAUAAUAAAUUAAAUAGUAUAACAGAAAUUACGAAUCAUGAUACAAAUAUAGAUGAAAUUAAAGGGCCUGUUUUGAAGAAAGGAUGGUCAGGCAAAGAAAAAAAUGCACAAAAAAUUGAGCUAACAGUGCGGAAAAUAAGCAUUAAUGAGAAUUAUGACAAUGAUCAUGAAUAACUUUUUAGUCAACAUCUUUUCACUUUUGUGUUUGUGUGAUAUAAAUUGACAUGAUUUUUCUUUUUUUUGGAAUUUAUUAUUGUUCGGCAUUUACUAUUAAAAUUAUUUUUCAUGAUUUCGUUUUGAAGUCACAAAAAAAUUAAAAACAAAAAAACUAUAUCUUAGUGAUACUAUUGCUAAAAGUUUAGGAAAUUUGUUUUAAUUUUAACUCUAGGCUUUUUGUUUAGCAUAUUAAAACUCAAAGU